AAAAUUGUUAAAUUAUUGAUUACUUCAGUGAUAAUAUUGAUAUCGAUGUCUGACAUCAUAAGCUGUAGUUCAGUGUGUGAAUCGGUGGCACCCAAUGGCAUAUACCGGGGCUCACGUAUGUACAGACACUGGUAUAUGAUAAGUGGUAAAAGUGAUAAAAACUGGUACUUUACUGAGAAAUUGGUGUUAUAUACCCGAGUAAAUACCACUACAACACAUCAGUGGAAACUGAUUAUUAAUGAAACCACUAUAUCGGUGAAUGAAUCGACAUUCAAAUCGCUGGACACACCGAUUAUCAAUAGAUUUGAUGGUAUAUUUAGGUUUCGAGUAAUACUCUCAUUAGUGGAAGAUCACGAAUGCAGCUAUAAUUGUUACACCACUUUUACGGAUCCUAAUGAUAAUGACAGUAAAUUAAUAAUCAAUUGUCAACUUCCACACCAUCAUCCAGAAUAUCAAAAUACAUUUGACUUUCAAUAUCCGCCAAACGCUAUCAUAUUUAGUCCACGAGUUGUCAAAUGGACUCAAGAAUUGGAUCUAACAUAUCAUAUGGUUUAUGAUAAGCGUAACAACAAAUGUGUGAAAUUGUUUCACUACAAUGAUAUCCGACUAUCGGAAAUGGGAUGCAAUGAUUGUAAAGAACUACAGUGUAAACGACCGAUAUUUUUGGAUCAACUCAACCAACAAUUACAUCAAAGUCUCGAAAGUAUUGUCGACUACGGAAACAACUCUUAUAUACUAUUAUUUGUGAUCAAUGGUCGACCACUAUAUUGUUGGCAAUUACAAGACCAGCAGCUAAAUGAAACCUGCAAAUCAAGCAAAACAAUGUUAAAGUUUUUGCCAAAUUGUUUCAACAAUACCGACAUCAUAACCAAAGACGAAAUCGACAUUACAAUGUAUGUAAUAAUACUAAUUGUUUUGGUGAUCAUUGCUGUCAUUUUCGCUGUCAUCGACAUAGUAUUGAUCGGUAAAAGAUAUCGACAACAACAGUGUAUUAUUGGACGACAGCAAUGGAGUACAGAGGAACAGACUAUCACAACAAAAAUGAUAAUAUUGAUAUCGAUGUCUGACAACAUAAGUUGCAAUUCAUUGUGUGAAUCGGUGGCACCCAAUAGCAUAUACCGGGGCUCACGUAUGUACAGACACUGGUGGACUGUAAAGACAGAUAAACAGUGGCACUUGGAUAAGUUGAUGUUAUAUACAAGAGUUGGUAGCACUACCACACAUGAGUGGCAACUAAUCAGUAAUAAGACCAGUAUAUCGGUGAAUGAAUCGACAUUCAAAUCGCUGGACAAACCGAUUAUCAAUAGAUUUAGUGCUAUAUUUAAGCUUCCAUUUCCGGUAGAAAUGGAAAACACCUACAAUUGUUACACCACUUUUACGGUCAAUUUUGAUCCAAAUAGUAGUGGCAGUAAAUUAAUAACCAACUGUCAGCUCUCAUACAAGUAUGAAAAUUAUAGAAAUACAUUUGACAUUCAAUAUCCGACAAACGCUAUCAUAUUUAGUCCACGAGUUGUCAAAUGGACUAAAGAAUUGGAUCUAACAUAUCAUAUGAUUUAUGAUAAGCAUAACAACAUAUGUGUGAAAUUGUUUCAAAUAGAAAUGAUUUACUCUGAGAUAAAACUUUGGGAAAAGAAAUGCAAUGAUUGUAAAGAACCAAAGUGUAAACAACCGAUAUUUUUGGAUCAACUCAACCAACAAUUACAUCAAAGUCUCGAAAGUAUUGUCGACUACGGAUCCGAGACCACCUGCUAA